GAAAGCAAAAGACUUGAUAGGAAUAAAAGAGUAUACGGGCCAAGCAGAAAGAGAUGGUAGACGUGCACCAACAGCAACUGGACCUUGGAUUUGCACCACUAUUUCUCAAAAAUCUCUUUCAAUUUCUGCAUUAUUUAUUCAUCUACACUUCUCUUCGAUUGAGCAGUAACAUUAACUAGCAUCUCAUAACAUAACAAAACGUAGUAGCUUGUGUUGUGUGAGGGCCAAAGGCAAAAAAAAAAAAAACAUGGAGGUGGAUCAGAUGCAGAGGCAGUACUUGGACUACACCAAAUCCUUGUUCUUGGAGGGGUUCUUGGAUGGUCAAUUUCUACAACUUCAGCAGCUACAAGAUGAGAACAACCCGGACUUUGUAGUUGAAGUUGUCUCUCUUUUCUUUGAAGAUUCUGAGAGGCUUCUCAAUGACCUUACCUUUGCUCUAGAACAGAAAAGUAUUGACUUCAAAAAGGUUGAUGCUCAUGUUCACCAGCUGAAGGGUAGCAGCUCAAGCAUAGGAGCUCAGAGGGUAAAGAAUUGUUGCAUUGCUUUCCGCAACUUCUGUGAGGAACAGAACAUAGACGCGUGCCUCAGUUGUCUGCAACAAGUAAAGCAAGAGUACUGUCAUGUGAAGAAUAAGCUUGAAACAAUGAUCAGGCUUGAGCAACAGAUAGUGGCAGCUGGCGGGUCAAUUCCAAUGAUGGAAUUUAGUUUCUAAGGAUGUGUGUGAAUUUGUAGAGAAGGGAGACAAGAGUAUUUUGUGAUCCACUUGUUUUGGUGAAAAUUCUCUUUAAUGUUGUGUGUCUGAUGAAUGUAUGGGUUUCCAUAAACAUAUAUAAGUUCCUUUCUAUCUAGUUUGAUUGUUUUCACAAUAAGAUCUUCUCUUUCUUUUUU